AAGAUUUAACGGAGUGACCGUUAUACCAAACAACGGUUUAUUACCGGCACGCGCACAACUUGUACGAGCGUCAAGCACAUCAAGAGAUUGCAAUCGAUCUGGAUACAUCGAUAUUCCUACACUGCGUAAUGAAAGUCUUUCAAAUUAAUACGCAGCUUCCAUCGUUUCGUGCAGUUUUGUUGAGUGGUGUGCUAUGUCGUUCCAUAAAUUUUCAAAGAAGCUUAUUGAAUUUGUUGAAUACAAAUUGGUGCAAAAAACUGUGGUGAAAUUGUACAUUCUUCGAAUUCAAUAGUUUUGGAGGUAAUCGAUAUUGGUGCAAGAAAGUGUGCUGAAACUGUGCAUUCUUCGAAUUCAAUGGCUGUGGAGUCAUCUUCAGUGGCAAUCGAUCAUGGAUUUCCUCCGCGAAAAUUUAAAGCUACUUGUCCUUCUGCAAAUGAGAUAAACACAAAGGAAGGGAAACUUGAUUCUACCGAGACUUCUGAAAAUGAAAUACUAAGAAUUUUUCAAGCUUUGUUGCUGUCUACCUGUAUGUUACUUCUGAAUUAUCAUAGCGUCCGUUAUGGUCGGACAGAGUAUAGUAUCUUGGAAAAUGGUGAGAUCGCUCCAGGUUAUGCUCAUAAAGCUGUGAUCACUUUGACCUUAGGCUACUCUAUGCCUUAUACGAUCGUUUCUUUCUUCGCCAUUGGCAUGCUUGCUUAUUCUUUGAUCUCGAAAAAUCCACGUUGGAGUCUCCCAUCUAUAGUUCUGUAUCUGGCUGACUUGGUUUGCGGUAUCAGCGAGGCCAUUGUCGCUAUUUGGUUAUUUUUCUCCUAUUUCCCAUUAUCGACCGCUCUGUCUUACACGUUAGGCACAAUUUUACUGAUAUUCGGAGAAAUUUGGAUGUGGCUGGGCGUCCUUCGACUGUACGAACAUAGAACCUUCAAAUGAAGCAUAGGAUCGACAUUCACGAGGAAAGGAGAAAAAUCGAACGAAAGAGCGAAUACAUCAUUUCUCUAAAAUUAUAUUUUAUAAGCUACAGCGUCUACAGUUUGUAAUAAAAUAUAUCAGUCGUC